CUGGCGUGUGGAUGGCCCACCGCCAUGAUCUGGACCAUAUUGGCAAUAAUAUUUGCAUUUGCUAUACUUGGAAACACUAAAGAAACGCUGGAACUCAGUGACGAAAUCAAAGAAAUAAUACAACAUGUUCAUAACGAGUGCGUCGGUAAGACCGGGGUCGCCGAGGAGGAUAUACAGAAUUGCGAAAAAGGCAUAUUUAAGGAAGACAAGAAAUUGAAGUGCUAUAUGUUUUGCCUGAUGGAGGAAGCGAACCUCGUGGAGGACGAUGGUUCGGUUGAUUAUGACAUGGUCGUCAGUAUAAUCCCAGAGCAGUACACGGAGAGGGCCAAGAACAUGAUAUUUUCGUGCAAACAUCUCGAUUCCCCUGACAAGGAUAAGUGUCAAAGAGCCUUUGAUGUUCACAAAUGCUCGUACGAUAAGGAUCCAGAUUUCUACUUCUUAUUCUAAGAUGAUUCCACUCCAUCAAAUGAAGCUAGCAAGUUGAUGGUGACUAAGUAAGUAGGUAUACAAUAAACGUUUUCAGAAGCAUC